UUUGUUGCAGGUGCCUGGUAAUCGUUGAAGAAGAAACCCUCACCUUGAUAGUAUCGCUGCUCUUUGUUUUAAAGCUUUUACGUAUCGGCUUCCUAAACUGAAAGACACCUUUCAAUGUCUAUAUUAUCACACUGCAGUCUCCCUUAUUCUACAAUCAAAUCCUUUUGUUUUUGUCUGCCUUUCUCAUAAAGUAGAGUUGGUGUUUGUGGGCUGAGUGAAGUGCAGGAUAGUGUCAGUCUGUAGGCAUUCUCAGAUGCCCGAGGUUAGCUUGAAGCAGGUUUCUGAUUUAUAGUUUGAUUAUAAUGUACCAGUUUGUCAACCAGUUUCCUGGGUGUGUGGGUGUGUGUGUGUGUGUGUGUUAGAACCACAUGAAAGCUUAGAAUGUCAGUGGUGUUCUACCUCAGUGCUACUCGUGCACACUCUUGAGGAGGGAGCAUGAGGGAUGUCUCUUUGUACUGUUUUUAAAACACAAGGAAUAAUACUAAAUGGAAUAUUCAAAGAGGGGAUCCAGGUCUAAUUUGUGAAGCAAGGUUAAACCUCUGGCCAAUGAAUGCUGCUUAAAUUAAACUGACCAUGAAUCUGGCUUCGGCUGCCAAUCCUAAUAGUAAAGUCAGAGUUGAGGGAGAGAGGAGAGGCCUCGUAGCAUGAAAACAAGAAGGACGCGCCAAAAUAUCAUCCAUGCAAUGGCAGCUCCAUCACUUCCUGAUUCUAUUUCCAGAACUAUAGGAGAAUACACAACACUACGCUGUGGGUAGGCCACAGAAUUGAAAAAUAAUGACCUUUCUGUGUUUUGUGUGUGUCUGGGGAAAAAAAGCUGUUUUUCUCUUCCAAAAGUUCAUCAUAAAUGAGAGGGCAGGUUGACUGUCUAAUGGUGUUAGUGUAGCUGAAUAUUCAUUGUCAAGAAAAGCUGAUUUUUCUCUUCACUGUUGCACAAGUGUCAGCUAGGCAGGAAGGGUGUGAGUGUCGAGUGGUUUCCUAUCUGUUGAUCAGAAACAGAAGUAGGCGAGAGAGGGCUGUGAAAGGCGUUUUCUCACUAGGUUUUUGUGGUAGACAAGAGAAGCCUACACCAAUCUUGAUGUGAAUGACAAAUGCCAAUGUACCAGGCAUUUUCGUGAGAGGGUGAACUGCUUCACAUUGCAAUUUUGAACAGAAAAAAAAAAUCAAAGAAAGGUAUUUUAACUUCGAAUUCCCACAUAGAAAUGGAUGGGUGAGAAAGGUGUAUUUGAUGUAAACCUUUAUCAGAAAAUAACAUUGUAAGUUGAGCGUGAUGUGCUACGUGCACUGGUAUAAAUGACAUGCACAUUAUACAAUGUAGUGAAGCUUCUCGUUCCAAUGUUUAAUGUAAUAUAGAACAUGUUUCUGACCUAGGCAUGUGAACCUAUAUACGUAUGAUCUUGUCCAUGUGACUUUGGUUUCCGUUGCUUGCCUGCUUCCGCAAAUACUAAAUGCACGGCUCUGCAUGUGUAGAGAACACACGCCACUCGACCGACCAGCGCUGCAUCGCACACAACCGGAGAUAUGGUCAACAGCUCGACCGACAGUGGCUUGAAGGACCCACAUCUAACCACCAGACCAGGAUGUUUAGAUGUUCAUCCACGGCCUCCUCCCCUACCCUGCUCUGUCUAACCCUCUGGCCCCUGUGGAGCCUCCUGAUGUCUGCCUUCUGCCACCCUCACCACAGCCCCUGCAGACUGACCCAAAAGACUGCUCUCUGUAGCAACAGUGAGCUCUCAUCUGUACCUGGGGGCCUACCUGACAGCAUAGAGGACCUCCACCUGAACCACAACCACAUUCAGAUGCUACAGGAUGACUCCCUCUCCCGCUACGUCUCCCUUCGUACCCUAAGCUGUGCAGACAACCUCUUGGAGACGGUGGGGUCCAAGCUCUUUCACAACUCACCUCAUCUAGAGAGCCUCAAUCUAGCUGCCAAUAACCUUCACGUUGGAUACCAGCAAACUAGCCUGGCGCUGCUCACCUUGUCUAGACUCAGAGUUCUGGAUCUGUCAAAAAAUCAGCUUACAGAGGACAUGGUCUCCGUCCUCCUCCAGAACAUGACGUCCCUGGAGUACCUCAACCUUUCCAGGAACCUCCUGCUGAGGCUGGACGAAAGCUCCUUCAGCGACCUCCACCAGCUCAGAGAGCUGGACCUGCAGAGGAACAUGCUGUUUGAGAUCGACGGGUCCUUCGAUCACCUGCACAAGCUCCAGAGACUCAACCUGGCCUUCAACUACCUGCCCUGCCUGGUGCACUUCCACAUGACCCAGCUGGUGGUCCUCAACGCCAGUCACAAUGCCAUUGAGUGGUUCAUAGCCAACCAGGACCUCCAGGAAGUCUUCCAGCUGGAGACCCUGGAUCUCACAGACAACAACCUCCUCUUCUUUCCCUUUCUGCCCACCCACAGCCGCCUGAGGAACCUCCAUCUGUCCCAGAACAGGGUGAGCUUCUACGAACACCUGGCGGACACAGCUGCCUACCCCAACUGGAAGACCAGCGUCCAGUUCUACAACCUGAGGGGAAACAUGAGCAACGUCACGGCCAAGUUGUGGGACGAGAGCCUGCACGGGGACAUCUCCUCUCUAGACCUGCUGGAUCUGAGUGGAAAUCAGGUGCACUACUUCCCCCAAGGAUUCAUCAGCAAAAUGCCAAGCCUGACCAGACUCAGGAUGUGGACAAACUGUCUUGAGGUCUUGAAUCUAACUCUGGAAAAGCUGCCAGGGACGUUGUACGAGUUGGACGUGAGCAACAAUAGGUUGACAGAGCUCCAUGCCGACCAAGUUAGUUUGAGGAAGCUAGGCAACCUAAGCUUUCUGAACCUGAGCCAGAAUGACCUGCAGACUCUACCUGCUCAGCUGUUGUCCUCUCUCACCAGCAUCCGCUCUGUGGAUAUUAGCUACAACAGAGUUGGCGUGUGCCCCCUUGAAGCAGGGGGUGGGGGCAUGGGUGGGGGUAACCAAUCAGACUGUGUCGUUUGUAGAAACAUCAUUUCUCUGAGAUAUCUCUACCUAUCGGGGUGCAACCUGGGGAGGCUGCCAUCAUCAGCGUUCGUAGGGACGCCCCUAACACACCUGGAGCUGUCUAACAACCCAGAACUAAUCAUCGGGCCCAGAUCGAUCGCAGGCCUCAGCAGAACUUUACAACAUCUAGGAUUGGGAAACACAGGCCUGAGACACUUUGACUUCUCUCCUUUCCACCACUUGAAGUCUUUGAACAUUUCCAGAAACUCUCUUACUCAGCUCCCUGUUUCACUGCAACGCCUGGAGCUGAAGCUGCUGGACCUGAGGGACAACAAACUGACCACCGUCCCCUCAGCUCAGGCUAACGUGUUAGCCACGAAACUCCACGCCGUUUUUCUCAAAGGAAACACUUUCAACUGCUGCCAGUUGGACUGGUACAGGACGUUCGAGAAAACGGUCACUAUCAUGGACCUCUCAGAUAUUUCAUGUCAGGAUCUGACCAAAAGAACACACAGAGUAGUGCUUUUAGACUCCGUAAUAUGUGGCGGUAGUGAGGGGGAGUCUGUGUACUGGUACAUCCUGCUGUUUAUCGUACCUGUUCUCUGUCUGGUUGGAAUGUCUGUUAUCUUCUUGCUCACCUUUAGGCCCAGACUGCUUCCCACAGCAGUUAGAAAUAAAUGCUGGAGUCACCUUCCCUGUGUUGUCGAAGAAAAGUCCCAAAAAGAAGACACUGGUCGUGUCCAAAUACCCAUACUAGAGAUCUAAGUAGAAGGCAUUUUAGGUAUGCGAAAAUAGAACGUUUUAUAGUAAGUGCAAUUACAACCAAAAAUAUUAUGCUUUAAAUGCCAGAAUGUUAUGUUACUUUUGAGAAAGAUAAUCCUCUUUCCAGACUCGCAUGUGUUUGACAACAGCUGAUAAUGAGAUAAUUAUUUUAUUUAAUCAGUUAAGAACAAAUUCUUAUUUACAAUGAUGGCCUACCCUUGCCAAUUGUGCACCGUCCUAUGAGACUCCCAAUCACAGCCAGAUGUGAUGCAGCCUGGAUUUGAACCAGGUACUGUAGUGACACCUCUUGCACUAAGAUGCAGUGCCUUAGACCGCUGCGCCACUCGGGAGCCCAAGGGGAUGUGUUGUACCAAAAUCAAAUCAAAUCGAUUUAUACAGCCCUUCUUACAUCAGCUGAUAUCUCAAAGUGAUGUACAGAAACCGAGCCUAAAACCUCAAACGGCAAGCAAUGCAGGUGUAGAAGCAUUAGGGCUGGUUGUGGUAGGGCUGGUUGUGGUAGGGCUGGUUGUGGUAGGGCUGGUUGUGGUAGGGCUGGUUGUAUUAGGGCUGGUUGUAGUAGGGCUGGUUGUAGUAGGGCUGGUUGUGGUAGGGCUGGUUGUGGUAGGGCUGGUUGUAUUAGGGCUGGUUGUAUUAGGGCUGGUUGUGGUAGGGCUGGUUGUGGUAGGGCUGGUUGUGGUAGGGCUGGUUGUAGUAGGGCUGGUUGUAGUAGGGCUGGUUGUAGUAGGGCUGGUUGUAGUAGGGCUGGUUGUGGUAGGGCUGGUUGUGGUAGGGCUGGUUGUAUUAGGGCUGGUUGUGGUAGGGCUGGUUGUAUUAGGGCUAGUUGUAGUAGGGCUGGUUGUAGUAAGGCUGGUUGUAGUAGGGCUGGUUGUGGUAGGGCUGGUUGUAUUAGGGCUGGUUGUGGUAGGGCUGGUUGUGGUAGGGCUGGUUGUGGUAGGGCUGGUUGUAGUAGGGCUGGUUGUGGUAGGGCUGGUUGUAGUAGGGCUGGUUGUAGUAGGGCUGGUUGUGGUAGGGCUGGUUGUGGUAGGGCUGGUUGUAUAUUAGGCAAUGCAGGUGUAGAAGCAUUAGGGCUGGUUGUGGUAGGGCUGGUUGUAGUAGGGCUGGUUGUAGUAGGGCUGGUUGUAGUAGGGCUGGUUGUAUAUUAGGCAAUGCAGGUGUAGAAGCAUUAGGGCUAGUUGUAUAUUAGGCAAUGCAGGUGUAGAAGCAUUAGGGCUGGUUGUAUAUUAGGCAAUGCAGGUGUAGAAGCAUUAGGGCUAGUUGUAUAUUAGGCAAUGCAGGUGUAGAAGCAUUAGGGCUGGUUGUAUAUUAGGCAAUGCAGGUGUAGAAGCAUUAGGGCUAGUUGUAUAUUAGGCAAUGCAGGUGUAGAAGCAUUAGGGCUGGUUGUGGUAGGGCUGGUUGUGGUAGGGCUGGUUGUGGUAGGGCUGGUUGUAUAUUAGGCAAUGCAGGUGUAGAAGCAUUAGGGCUGGUUGUAUAUUAGGCAAUGCAUGGUAGGGCUGGUUGUGGUAGGGCUGGUUGUGGUAGGGCUGGUUGUGGUAGGGCUGGUUGUAGUAGGGCUGGUUGUAGUAAGGCUGGUUGUAGUAAGGCUGGUUGUAUUAGGGCUGGUUGUAGUAGGGCUGGUUGUAGUAGGGCUGGUUGUGGUUGGGCUGGUUGUAGUAGGGCUGGUUGUGGUAGGGCUGGUUGUGGUAGGGCUGGUUGUAUUAGGCAAUGCAUGUGUAGGGCUGGUUGUAUUAGGCAAUGCAUGUGUAGGGCUGGUUGUAGUAGGGCUGGUUAUAGUAGGGCUAGUUGUAGCAGGGCUGGUUGUAUUAGGCAAUGCAUGUGUAGCCCAAAUUGAAGCCUUAAAAUGAAUGAAUGGCUUCUAAUAUGAUUCAAUUCAAUAAUAUGAUUCAGUUGAAUGAUUCAAUUGCACAUUAGAUUAAUCAUUCUCAGGAUGGAUGAGCCUAGUAUGUUGCUUACUGCAUUCGUUUGUACUAAACAGUACGUGUGAAGUACGAUUAGUACACAGAAUGUAGUUUUAUUAAGUAGUAAGUAGUAGGCAAGACAGAUUUCGGACACAGCCAUUGUCACAAAUUACAAUUAUGUAAAAGUGUGAUGUUUUGCACAUACAGUAUCAAUACAAUUUCAAGACAGAAACAAAUGUUUCCUUACAAAGAAAUUGAGUUUAGGUAAUUCAUAAACAAUGUCAUAUUAAAAGUAACCUGUCCUGCUAAACCAGAUAAAGAACUGUGUGUUACAAUGUC